UUUUCUGCGGGUCUAAGAUUCAAAGUGUCCCUCCAUGUAACCACAACCACCACCACUCUUUCCUAUCAAUUCCUCCAAAGCUAACUGCCAAACUGUUUUCCUCCUCCCUCCAAAGUUAUGCCAACACCUCCUCCUCCAUCUCCAUCUCCAUCUCCAUCUCUCCUCCUCCACCACCACCACCACCUACUCUUCUCUCUCUUCUCCUCCACCUCCCAUGGCCAAGAACUCACCUGAAUAAUCCCUCUGCGGCCACCGCCGCAUUCCCCUCUCUCUGUCUCUCUCUUUCUCUCCAAAGCAAUGAUUACUUCUUAUUGCCUGUCUUCCACAAGAAACACCGUCACGCCCUCUCACUUGUAUCUCCCCAAGUAUCGACCCCCUUCGCUCCCCCACGAACCAAGCUUUCCGCAGAAAGAGACUUUACCCCUAAAACCCCACCUGCUUCGCCUGCGAAACCUCCGGCCAGCACACCCAUUUGCCAGCAUAUCCUCCUUUGCUGAUGCUGAAGGCGAGGAAAUAUUCGAGCAAGGAAUCAGGGUCGUUGAAGGCAAGAGAGCCGGCCCUUCCUCCUCGGACACCGCCCAUGAUGGCGAUGGCAACGGUUCGCCCGGGAUGGCACAGGCCUUUGGCAUAUCCUCCAGGACGGCAUCGGCGAUCUCAAUAUGCAUAGCUUUCGCGGUGCUGUUGCUGCCCCUGGCAAUGAGGUCACUGGGCCAAGGUAUGGCGAUGAAGACUCGGGCGCUGUCAUACGCGACGCUGCUGUUUGGGUUCUACAUGGCAUGGAACAUCGGGGCGAAUGACGUGGCGAACGCGAUGGGGACGUCGGUGGGGUCAGGGGCACUGACGCUGCGGCAGGCGGUGCUGACGGCGGCUGUGCUGGAGUUCUCGGGGGCGCUGCUGAUGGGGACGCACGUGACCAGCACCAUGCAGAAGGGCAUCCUCAUCGCCGACGUCUUCAAGGGCAAGGACACUCUGCUCUUUGCCGGCCUGCUCUCUUCUUUGGCCGCUGCCGGUACUUGGUUGCAGGUUGCAUCGUACUAUGGUUGGCCAGUGUCGACCACACACUGCAUAGUUGGCUCGAUGGUUGGAUUUGGCCUCGUCUAUGGAGGUGCAGGCGCCGUCUUCUGGAGUUCACUUGUGAGGGUCACAUCGUCAUGGAUUAUCUCACCACUAAUGGGGGCAUUGGUCUCAUUUCUUGUAUACAAAUGCAUCAGGAGGUUUGUCUAUAGUGCUCCCAAUCCAGGACAAGCAGCCGCAGCCGCUGCUCCCAUUGCAGUUUUCCUCGGUGUGACGGGAAUCUCCUUUGCAGCGUUCCCACUUAGCAAGAGUCUUUUUUUGGCCUUAGCCCAGGCCUUAGCCUGUGGCACAGCCGGGGCUUUCCUCGUCGACCGCAUGAUCCGUAAACAACUCGGCCACCUCCUUGAGGAAACCGAUUCAUCCCAGCCAAAGCCAGAGGAAUCCAUCCUCAAUAGAGAUGUUGGGUUUCUGUCAAAAAUCAAGGGCCCGAAGGGUGCUCAGCUGGAAAUAGUGUACGGGGUCUUUGGGUACAUGCAGGUUCUCUCCGCUUGUUUCAUGUCAUUUGCACAUGGAGGAAAUGAUGUCUCCAAUGCGAUCGGUCCUCUAGCCAGUGCGUUAUCCAUCCUCCAGGGCAGUGCUGCUGGCGCCGAUAAAGUCAUCCCCAUUGACGUCCUUGCUUGGGGAGGCUUCGGCAUUGUGGCAGGCCUUAUGAUGUGGGGGUACAGAGUGAUUGCGACGAUAGGGAAGAAGAUAACAGAGCUCACACCCACUCGUGGAUUUGCAGCUGAGUUCGCGGCCGCUUCAGUGGUCCUGUUUGCCUCGAAGCUGGGCCUCCCUAUCUCAGCCACACACACGCUUGUUGGUGCAGUGAUGGGAGUCGGGUUCGCGAGGGGGCUUAACAGUGUUAGAGCCGAAACUGUCAAGGAGAUUGUGGCUUCUUGGGCCGUGACAAUUCCAGUCGGCGCUGUCUUUGCCGUCUUCUAUACCUGGAUAUUGACAAAGCUAUUGCCAUACAUUUUGUGAGUGUAAGUUAAAAGAUAUACAGCUUCCUCAAGAUUACCAAUAUAGAUAAUUAUCCCAUUGC